GAGUUGGUGCGCCGUGCUGGCAGUACAGGUCGUGCGUCAGAAGCGUGGGGUUAGUUUUACUGUGUAGUGGAUGUCACCUAGGGCUGUCACAGCGUCUUUACAUUGCAGCUUCUUCCUUCAUUCCACACCUGUCCAGGACUUGAGGGCACCAUCAUGUCUCAGCCAGCUGCCCCCCCAAGCUACGCAGAGGCCAUGGCCAGGGACAAGGAUCUGGGGUACGGGGCCCCUCCCUAUACCGCCCAGCCACCGCAUGUUCCACCCCCCUCCGCUCCCAUUCACCCCAGCUGGGCCUUCGUCCACCCCAGCCCUAAUUCUGGCUACACAAACCCUUACGCCUCUGACACGUCCUCGCCUUUCUCUGAACCAGGCACCAGUGGGAGCUGUGAUGGACUCAGUGGGGAUGGCUGGGAUGACAAAAACGUCCAGCGCAUGUUCAUCCGGAAGGUUUUCACCAUUUUGAUGAUCCAGCUGAUGGUGACUUUUGGAAUUGUGGCUCUGUUUACAUUCUGUGAGCCGGUCAGGCUGUUUGUGCAGUACAACAGGAUCCUGUACCUCACCUCCUACAUCACGUUCAUGGGAACAUACCUGGCAUUGGUGUGCAGUACAAGUGCCAGACGCCGAUAUCCCACCAACCUUAUUCUCCUUGGUAUUUUCACACUGGCCAUGUCAUACAUGGCAGGAAUGCUUGCGAGUUACCACAACACAAAAGUGGUGAUGCUGUGCAUUGGAAUUACUGCCAUGGUGUGCCUGGCUGUCACCCUUUUCUGCUUUCAAACCAAGUUUGACUUCACUUCCUGUCAUGGCCUGAUGUUCUCUCUGAUGAUGGUGCUCCUGCUCACUGGGUUACUGCUGGUGUUCACUGCCCCCUUUGGAUAUAUUCCAUGGUUACAGACCGCCUACGCAGGACUUGGGGCACUUGUCUUUACUGUGUUCCUUGCCUUUGAUGUGCAGCUGCUGAUGGGGAACCGGCGCUACUCCCUGAGCCCGGAGGAGCAUGUGUUUGGAGCUCUCUGUCUUUACAUGGACAUCGUCUACAUUUUCUUCUUCUUGUUGCAACUAUUCGGGAGUCGAGAGUGAACUCCAGCCCUUCCUUCUCUGCAUCCCACCAGCACCCGUGUAAAAAUCAGUCAUGGUUACACACCAGCCCCUCGUCUCCCAUCACUCCUGUGUAUAAUCAAACCUGCUGCUCCUGAAGUGGUCUGAAGCUCAGGAGCAAAGGGAAUCGUUUCGUGUCCCGUUUCGUCUUUUAUUAAAUUUUAUCUUAUCGUCUACUUGGAGCCUUCCACUAUAUCCUGUUACUGCAAAGUAAGGCAGUUUGGUCUUCAGGCACUACUGCCUCACUCAUUGGGAGUAUCCAGGUAGAAUAUUAGGAAGACAUUUUGUUUUAUUUCCAGAGGAGAACAAUUUUAAUUUUGCAAAACAGGAACCAAACACAGUAUAAUUCAAGGACUCUUGUCCUAUUAUUUGUGUCCUCUGUGAUUCUUCAUUGUUGUUUCUGCUUGUACGAUUAUUUACCAGACUUAAAAACUGUUUGAGCAGAAAUGCCCUUUUACAGUCACUUAUAAAAGCUGAACUUCUGAUGCGGUGAAGCAGUUUGAAAAAUGAGAAAUUAGAAUUUUUUUAGGAAGUGGUUGAAAAAAGAAAUUUCUGCUGGGAUAGCUGGCAAAUAAUGACCUACGCAGAAACAGUAAAAGAUGAUGAUAAGAACACAAGUACAUUUAAUGUUGUUGGUUUCUCAUUCUGUAACAUUGACAUUGGUUUUUACAGAUUUGAGUGAACAUUUCAAAAUUGAUCACAGUAUCUCCUGGAAACACAGCAUUUUAUAUACUGGGGAUGUUUCCUCGGAAGUUCCAUUAUUUAUAUAAAGCACAGUACAGGUUACAAUUCAUUUCUAUUCAUGUUUAAAACAAAUCUAAAAUCCAACCAAAACAACAAUAACUAUAAAACAAAACUAAACUGAUGAAAGGAUUCAAGUCAGUGUUAAGGCAAAUAAAAAUUGUGACGCUGACCAUUUAUUCUGCCAUCUAAAUAUAUUUAAUUAUUUAAAUUAUAUAUUGUAUUUAUUAGCAUCCUUUAUAAAUUAAAAGCUGAUUAGAAUUGAGGUGCAAAUUAAAACUCAGAAGUUAAAAUCAAUUUUAUUGACUGCAGUACAAUCUCAUUAACUGUGUAAUCUUCCUCUACUGCACUAGAUGGCACUGCGAUACAGGCUGGAAGAUUUUUAACUAGAAACCUGUAGUAUGCUGUAAUGUCAAAGCAAUAACACCCCCAGGAUUGGAGCGUCUAUGCAGAACCCAAGGGCUCCUCAUUGUAAUGUGUCAAGAACCAGCCACCAGUGAACUCCUUUGUGCCAGCAAGGUGUGCCUGUAUACAGUUAGUUGUACCCUCUAUUUAAUCACUGGUACAUUUUCUUUAUAAAAUAGGAUACCUUACAUGGAGUAAAUGUGCAACAAACAAAACUAUAGAGUUUUAACUUGUAUAUAGAAAGUAAAUAUGCAGUAAGAAUAAAUAAAUACAUACAUAAAUAUAUAUACGUACAUACAUAUUUUGCAGACCACUAGCAAUCACUUUAUCAUGGAGGAAUGAAAGACCUACUUUGCUUUACCCAGAAUUAAAUCUGUCAAUUAUUUUUAAGUGUAUAUUCUCAAAUGGAUUGCCCUAUAGUCCCUAAUUUUACUUAUCCAAAAUUAAUAUGCGAAGAGGUACCUUGUGCUGCCAGCCUUCUUAACUCAGUUAGCAGGUGUUACAAAUCCACUAUGUCAAUGUUAUAUAGAGAGCUGUGUUCCUGAUAACCCUGAUCUCUAACACAAACAUGACAUUAAAUUAACUGUCAAACUGCAAUCUUUCUGUGUUGUAAAAUGCUCCACUUUUCAGAUCCAGCAUUGUACAUUUAUGGCCAAAAGUUUAGUAUUACCCUGUAGAUUUGUCUAAUUUUGCUUCAUAAAGUCGAAUGUAACCUGCUG